CUCCCGUUUUCUCUUUCUUCAUUCUUCUUCCUCCAACUGCCUUGUUGGGUUGUGUUUUUGUCUUGUUUCAUCUUCCUCGUCCAAAACACUCGCCAUUCAUCAGACUGAUCCCGCUAUCGCAAGGGCCCCCAGUUAAGUUUUUGGCCACCUUGACACCCUCUAUCUUGGUCGCGACUCGAAACCUUCGCUUUCCGACUUUUCAAAACGAACAUUUCACCUUUGCGAAACGACUGCAAACAUCUCGAUCACCAUGUCUUUCUCCAGCCUUGUUCAGGACUUAAGCCUCCGCGACGCCAAUGGUGCUCGCCGCCCCCAGAUUUCCGGUCCCCGCUCGUCCGCUUCCACUCUCGACGACAGAGCCUCGCACAUCUCGAGGGCCAUGUCCUACGCCAGUACCGCUGCCACCAGCGUCAGCAUCUCCGGCGACAUUUCAAGCCAGCUCCAUGGUGGAUACUUUCACCCUCUGGCUCGCUCAUGGCAGGCUGAGCGUCAGCUCACCAAGUCUAUGCUUAUCUACCCCCUCUUUGUCACCGACGGUGAGGGCGACAUGAUCCUCGUCCCUUCUCUCCCUGGUCAACACCAGCUCAGCUGCGACAAGCUGAUUCCGUUCCUCGAGCCUCUCGUCCACAAGGGUCUCCGUUCCGUCAUGCUCUUUGGUGUUCCCAUGCAAGCUGGCACCAAGGAUGCUCUUGGCACUGCCGCCGACGACCCCGAAGGUCCCGUUAUCCGAGCCAUUCAAAUCAUCCGCCGCCGAUUCCCUCAACUUUUCAUUUGCUGCGAUGUCUGUCUUUGCGAGUACACCUCGCACGGCCACUGCGGUAUCCUCCGCGAUGAUGGCAGUCUCAACAACCAGCUAUCCGUUGACCGCAUCUCCGAUGUUGCCAUCGCUUACGCUAAGGCCGGCGCUCAAUGUGUUGCUCCCUCAGAUAUGAACGAUGGCCGUAUUCGUGCUAUCAAGCUGAAGCUGAUUGAAGAGGGAAUUGCCCACAAGACUGUUCUCAUGUCCUACUCUGCCAAGUUCUCUGGUUGUCUGUACGGUCCCUUCCGCGAUGCUGCUGGCUCAGCGCCUUCAUUUGGUGACCGUAAGUGCUACCAGCUUCCCCCUGGUGGCCGCGGUCUUGCUCGACGUGCUAUUGUUCGAGAUAUCAACGAGGGAGCCGAUAUCAUCAUGGUGAAGCCUGCCAGCCAGUACCUCGACAUUAUCAGUGACGCCAAGGACUUGGGCAAGGAUCUGCCCGUAGCCGCAUACCAGGUCAGCGGCGAGUACGCCAUGAUCCACGCCGGAGCCAAGGCCGGCGUCUUUGACCUGAAGGCAAUGGCCUUUGAGUCGACAGAGGGAAUCUUGCGAGCUGGUGCUACCAUCGUAGUCAGCUACUUUACCCCUGACUUCCUUGACUGGCUGGAGAACUAAACAUGAUGAGGAUUACGUAUGCAAAAUGGUUGAUGUUAGGCGUUUUGGGUGUUUAGGUCA